AUGGCCUCCAUUCGCGCCAAUUGCCACAAGAUUAUGUGCAUCGGCCGUAACUAUGCCGACCACAUCACCGAGCUGAACAACACCAAGCCCAAGCAACCAUUUUUCUUCCUGAAGCCCGCCUCCUCCAUCCUCCUGCCCGGCGCCGGCCCAGUUCUCCGCCCCAAGGGUGUGAGCCUGCACUAUGAGGUGGAAUUGGGUCUGGUCAUGGGCAAGACCGUUCGGGAUCUGGACCCGGAGGAUAAGCAAGGUGCCUUGGAUGCCAUUCAGAGCUACAUUCUCGCCAUCGACAUGACCGCGCGCAACGUCCAGGACGAGGCCAAGAAGAAGGGCCUCCCCUGGUCCAUCGCCAAAGGCUUUGAUACUUUCCUGCCCAUCUCGCAGGAGAUCGCUAAGUCGCGCAUUCCUAACCCCCACGACGCGUUCCUGCGCCUGAGCGUCGGCAAGACCGAGCGCCAGGCCGACUCGACCAGCCUGAUGCUGUACCAGAUCCACCACCAGCUGGCUCAGAUCUCGCGCGUCAUGACCCUGGAGAAGGGCGACAUUGUCCUUACCGGCACCCCGAAGGGCGUGGGUGAGGUCAAGGCCGGCGAUGUGAUGCGCGCAUCGAUCGAGGUGGACGGCAAGGAGAUCGAGGAGGGACGGAUCGAGGUGGAGGUGCAAGACCGGGAAGGCCGAUACGAAUUCAAGGAGACGUAG